AUGGCAACAGUGUCCAAAAAGCUGCUUCAGUCUGACAUCACACCACGUCACACUGGUUUACUCUCUCACAUCAUCUUCCACUCUUCACAGACGUCGUUUCCGGGGAACCUGCACUUGGUUCUGGUGCUGCGUCCCUCCACUCUGUUUGGAUCGGCCCAGACUCCCUCCUCCAGCACCGACCUGGGCUUCCGCUUCAGCCAGGACGACUUCCUGCUCAAGAUGCCGGUGGUGAUGCUGCGGUCCGUGGGCGACUUGUUGCGUUACAUCGAUGAAAACCACUUGACGUCAGAGUUCACCGGGAAAGUACAGUACUGUCAGAGCGACUGGAUUGUCCUCAGAUCGGCCAUAGAGACGUUUGCGGUGACGGUGAAGGAGAUCGCUCAGCUGCUGCAGAGAUUCGGGGCGGAGCUGUCGGAGACUGAACUCCCAGAUGAACCCGGAGCCAUCGACUUCCUGCUCAACUCACACACUCACCGAUACAGGCAGAUGAAGGACGACAUCAGAGGUGUGCUAAAAGAGGGCCGUCUGCUGUUUUCAAAUCUGGAAACUGUGAAAGCCUCAAAGAAAAGUUCAGAAAACCAAAGCGAAAUGCAGUCGGACAUGGAGACUGUGAAAAGACUUCUGGCUCAGCUCAGAGACAUGGAGGAGGCUUUUGACGGCUUCUUUGAAAAGCACCACCUCAAACUACAGCAGUAUCUCCAGCUGCUGCACUACGAGACCAGCUUUCAACAGAUGGAGGAGACAUUGGAGAGACUGUUUGCUCAGGAAAAAGGCAUAGACUGUGUUGGGACGACCGUGAUUCAAACGGAACAACUUCUGAAAGACUUGGAUAUUCUCAACACACAAGCCGAGGAGGAGAUGUCCAGAGCUCAGAUGCUGAUCCUUCACGGACACCAGUUGGCGGCGAACCAUCACUACGCUCUGGCUCUGAUCGUGCAGCGCUGUAACGAGCUGCGUCACCAUAGCGAUGUCCUAUCCACCGCCCUGCGCUCCAAACAGGCCUCUCUGACCCGGGCCCGAGACCUGCUCUUCAGACUGGAGGAGGCUCUGAGGUGGUGUGAUGAAGGGGCCUAUCUUCUGGCCAGUCAAAUGGUCGACAAGUUCCAGACUCGAGAAGGAGCUCAAGAGGCACUGCACAGUCUGAGCUGUCACCAGGAGAGGGCGCCAUCCACCAUCAAACACAGCCAACCCACACUGAGCCUGGAGUUUGAAGCCAUCCUCACUCCACAGCUGCAGUCCCAGAUCACCAUGGUGACGGAUAAGCUCAACACAAUGAGGUGUAUGAUCAAAAACCGGGAGCAGUGUCUGAGAAAACUGGCUGAUGUCCAAGUUCGACCCAUUCAACCUGUGGCGCCGCGCCCUGAAUCAGACCCCGUAUCCCAGCGCGGAAAGUCUCCACUCUUCUCCCCAAAACACGGUGUAGACUUUAAUGUCCUCAAUUCCAAGUUUUCCUUCGACCUACUUCCAGGAAAGAGAGCCUUAAAGAAGAACAACAGCCAACCAAAAAUCGAGGUGAUGCACGAUUAUCAGGGAAACCGCAGCUGUUUGUACGGACCUCUGUCAGAGACGGACUCCGAGGCCGAGUCCGACAACCCAGAGCAGGUCACACGCCACAUCAUGAAGGAGCUGAUCUCCACAGAGAGGGUCUAUGUGGACGAGCUUCUCUCUCUGCUCCUGGGCUACAGGGCGGAGAUGGAGGACCCGUCUGUGUGUCACCUGCUCCCAUCAGACCUGCGCAGCCAGAAGGACGUCCUGUUUGGAAACAUGCCAGAGAUUUACCAGUUCCACAGCAGGGUGUUCCUGCAGGACUUACAGAGCUGCCUGGAGACACCGGAGCGGGUCGGGGGCUGCUUCCUCCGCAGGAAGGAGAAGUUUCAGGUUUACGAGCGUUACUGCCAAAACAAGCCCAGCUCCGAGUUACUAUGGAGACAGUACGCAGACCUGCCCUUUUUCCAGGAGUGUCAGAAGAAGCUGGAUCACAAACUGGGACUAGACGCGUAUCUUCUGAAACCAAUCCAGCGACUGACCAAGUACCAGCUGCUGCUCAAGGAGCUGCUCAAACACUGCACAGAGGAGCAGUACCGCUGUGAACUCCAGGAGGCGCUAGACUCGAUGUUGGAGCUGCUCAAGUCUGUUAAUGACUCCAUGCAUCAGAUCGCCAUCACUGGAUACCAGGGCGACCUGUCACAACUGGGCCGCAUGGUGAUGCAGGGCGGCUUCAGCGUGUGGAUCAGUCACAAACGCGCCGCCGUCAGGAUGAAGGAGAUGGCGCGGUUCAAACCCAUGCAGCGCCACCUGUUCCUCUACGACCACGCCCUGCUCUUCUGCAAACGCCGCGGCGAGGACAUGGCCGAGCGCUCGCCCUUCUACAGCUUCAAGUCCUGCCUCAGAAUGACGGCAGUGGGCAUCACAGAAAACGUCAAAGGCGAUGUGAAGAAGUUUGAAAUCUGGUACAGCGGCCGUGAAGUGGUUUAUAUCGUCCAGGCGCCCUCUGUGGAGGUGAAACUGUCUUGGCUCAGAGAGAUCCGGAAAAUCCUCACAAACCAGAAUCGAACCCAAGACGAUUCUUCCCUCUCGGAUGCACCUCCCUCAGAAAGUGUGGCACAAGUGUGUGUGUCGUGGGUCGGACCGUCGGGAGGAGGCUGCUCAGCGUGUCUCCAUGUCCCUCACAGCUCCACCGCAGGCCACGCCCACCAGACGAGGGGGGAGGAGUCACAGUACACAAGCCCCGCCCUCUCCGACCCCGUAGUGCAGUCGCCCAGACGCAGUUGGCCGGUCGCACAUUCUGUCGCCAUUUGUGAAGGUCUGGAGGACUGGGGCGCCACGGACCUCUCGGCAAUAUCUGACUCGGAUGAAGAGGAACCCACUCCUCUGGUGGCCGGGCGGUACAGGGUGAUGGUGGAGAGCAGCAUGGCAAGCACUGAUGACAUCAUCUUUAAUUACGGCGACAUCAUAGAGCUGCUGCACGAGGAGGUGUCUGGGAUGUGGAUGGUGAAGAACAUCAGUCGGGGAGAGGAGGGCCGUGUUUUGCCUGAAGAUUUGCACAGGAUCCUGGGAGAAAGCUGCUGA